GGGGACCCUCCCCCGGCCGCACAUGGCAACCCCGGGAUGGCUGCUCACCUUCCCGGCCACACGGCCGAGCCGUACGAUCCCCAGCUUGAAGUCCGACAUCGGGAAAGCGCGAGGCGAGGGACCCAAACCGGUGUGAAACGUAUACGGCGGGCGCAGACUCAGUUCCGUCCCCCCGGUGCACCUGCUGCCAUGAUGACCGAGGAGCUGAGCGAGUUCACCACUCCGAAGGGCGGCGUGGAAACUUUCCCGGCGGUAAAAAGCGAGGACAUGAGCACCGCGGAGGAGCAGCCCAUCUUCGCCGCGCUGGUGGGGGACACCUCCGCCACCGCCGCAGCCGCGGGGGAGAAGCCAGGCGGCGGGGCGAAGGCACCUGCUGCGACCGCUGUCAUGUCCACCACCUCCGACACCGAGUCCGGGAUCUUCUCCGGGGAGAGUGAGACGUGCGUGGAGCACGAGUCCGAACUGGACUGGUUCUGCGGGACCGAGUUGAAGCUGAUUUGCUCCCACUGCGCCAUUGUAGGCCCCUGCCACGGACACACCGUGACCCCCCUGGCCGAGAGAGUCACCGCAGUCCGGAAUCAACUAGUGGACGCGUGUGAGAAAAUACAGCUGCAGGCGCUGAGGAUGGAGCGCUUCAUCGAGCACACGCUUACUGUUAAGGAGCAAAAACUUCAGGUGGGAGCGAGCACGGCUCGGGAGCGGGUGGUGGCCCGGGUCAGUGCCGCCCGCGAGGCCCUAGAGGAGGAGGAGCAGCGCCUCCUGGAGGAGGUCCAGCGGGAGGAGGAGCGUGUGGAGCAGUGCCUCCUCACCCAGAGGGCUCACUGGGGCCAGGCCAUGGCCAGCCUCACGCAUACACGCUCCCGCCUGGUGCACACCCUAACCCACUCUCCUGAUGCACAGCUGGUGACGAGCAUUCAGGAGAUUGGUGAAAGAGUGGAGGAGGCUGAAGGCGUGGGCAAGCCGUGCGAUACAGAACAGCUCAACAUGAAGCCAGGCUGCAGUGACAGCCAGCUGCUCAGGGGAAUGUGGGCCUCCGCCAUGAUGCACAGACCAAACGUUUACAGUUUGUCCUCUUUAAAGUUUGACGAACGCACCGCUAAUCCCCUCCUGUCGCUCUCCGACGACCGCUGUACUCUAACCUUCCUCCACAAGAAACCCCGCCAGCCGCUGCCUUACGACCCGGCGCGCUUCGACUGCUGGCCCAACGCCCUGGGCUCCCUCUCCGUGUCCUCCGGCACCCACAGCUGGGCGCUGGACGUGGGCCAGAGCGGCGCCUUCAAGGUGGGCGUCUGCUAUGCUGGCCUGCAACGUAAAGGCUGCGGGGACGAGGCCCGGCUGGGACACAACGACCAGUCGUGGGUGCUGUCCCACUACGACGGUGAGUACUCUUUCUGGCACGGAGGCGAGAAGGCGCCGCUGCGGGUGGUGAUGAGACCCCAGAGGGUGGGCGUUCUGCUGGACUGGCCAAGUCAGACUCUGCUCUUUUACGAGCCUGAGUCCGCCGCCGUCUUGCACUGCGUUACGCAUGACUUCUGCGCCCCCUUGCUGCCGGCGUUCGCCGUGACUGACCAAAGUAUAACCAUAUUACACUGACACUCCCAAAGCGCUCUAUAGCACAACAUAUGUAAACAAAGUGAAAGCAGGGAUGUUAUUCCAGUAAUCCCCUGCUAUUCAAAUAGCGGAAAAAACGCAAGUAAUUAACCCCCCCACAAAUGUUUAUAAUACAGUGGUGCGUUGAGAUAUGCGUUUAAUUCGUUCUGUGGCCGCACUUUUAUCUCAUAACACUAGUAUCUCAAAUCUUUACCCAUUGAAAUGAAUAGAAAUCCAACUAAUCUGUUCCAUAUCCCCGGAAAUGUCCAAAAAAAUGUCCACGUUUUUUUCAUCAUAUUCCUCUGAGCAGUAUUGUACUGUGUAAAACACACAAUAAUAACAACAUAGUAAUACAAAUGUAUCUAAUGUAAUCUCUACUUCCUUGUUCUUCUUCUUCUGUGUGGUUUAUUGGCAGUUGGCAAACCAGCCUAAUGGCACAUUACUGCCUCCAACUGAUAGUAUCUGCCCACUGCUAGGAAGCCAAUAUGAAUUGAUGGUGGCCGGAUGUUGUGAUGUGUGCUGCCGCCAGCAUGUGUGGGGUCUGACGUGCACUCAGUCGAGAUGUAGCACUUCAACAUAGCUUCUUGACACCAAUGUACUUCUUUCCUAUUAGUAGACAGGGCUUUGGCGGUAUCUUAGGUUGUUUCAGGAGGAGCACAAAAAAAAAAACGUGAAUUUAUUCUGUUUUUGUGCUCUCUCUGAAACGCCCUCAGUUGGUUUCAAGGAACUAUGUUGAAGUAAGGGGAGGAGCUUCUUGUUGACAGAGAGAAAGUCUCGUCUAUAUCAAAAAUAGCGGUUUGGUGCCAUCUUGUUGCAUCUACAGGCAAUUAUAAACCUUUUUGGCAGUGGGGGGUCAAUUAAUCGUUUUGUGCUAUUCACGACUGGGCUCGAUCGCUAUAGUGAAUAGUGAACGGUGAAUAUGUGGGGGAUUACCAUGAUCGUAGCUUCAGAUUGAAGAGUAGGCUUUGAUUAAUUCUUGAUGAUACAGUACUUUAUUGACACAUAUUUGACUGAUUAAUGACAUUUUUUAAGUUCAUUUUUAUAAUCUGCCCAAUGCCAAGGCUGUUUGUACAAAAAUGUCAUUGUGUUGUGAGUAAAUGAAUGGUUACAGUGUUUGUCUGCAGCAGUCAUUCAUCUUCCUGUUCUCGAUCCAUUUCAAUCACAGUAAUAUCAGCAAUAUAAAACCAUCCAUUUUCUGUACCGCUUAUCCUCACUAGGUUAAGCUGGAGCCUAUCCCAGCUGACACACAUACAUAAAUCUAGGAUUUCCCCAUAUGGGUCAUAUCACAGGAAAUGUACGUACCUUUUAAUAGCUUGGAUACCAAUAGUUGGGUCUAUGUAAUUCCUGCCCAAGUGUGAAAUAAAAUAAAAAAAACAAGUCAAUCUUUGUGUCUGUGAGCAAGCCCUUCUGAACUUACGUGCCAUUUUUACAUAACUUUAUUUAAUAACCCCCCGCAACAUCAGUUUCUCCACAUUAUCAGCUAUGCUUGGUGAAGAUCUGGAGCCACAUUCGACAGACUACUGUCAUGUGGAAACACAUCCAUCACAGGUGUGACACCCCCCCGUCACGUCAAAGCUAAAAGGUAAGCAGAGCUGCACUGGGUUUUGUUGGAUGUACAGAAUAACGAUGACCAAUAACUUUACCUUCUGAUAAGCGACACAUACGUGAUUGCUUGGUGAAGUUUUUGAUGUGGUGGUGCCUUUACAAAUUAAAAUGCUCGUAUUGUCUUUAUUGGUGAUUGCUUUUUUACACACUCUGGGAGAAGCUGCUUGCUGGUCUGGUCAAUACCAUCGCUCCACCACCGGUCAACACGGUAAAAAGAGCCAUACUCACCAUUGACCCAGCAAUUUAUGGGGCAGGGUGACCAUUUGCUCAUUAGCAUGAGACAGGGCUACCAUCUCUAACGAACAAAUUUCAGACAGAAAAAGUAUGUAAU